CAUAUCAUAAGGACGCCGUGUGUAAGAAUUGAAGAUUGCUUUGUGCUGGUGACUCAUGAGCCAAAUAGAGAAAGAUUGUCCGUAAUAUAUGUCUUCGCUGUCCAAGGAACAGUUGCGCGCUCGUUUACGUUUGAACCAACGUUUGGCAGUUAGUCAGUCGAGUGACAAUAAAAAGCCACCGCCUUACUUUUGGAGGUUACGUCCAAUAGGUUCCAAACGAAAUACAGAGACAACAACUGCUUGGGAAGAAAAUGAGAAUCAUACUACUUCCAGUAGUAUAGAUACCAAAAGUGACCGUUUAUCAGAGUUGACUUUUCAUUCUACAAAGGAAAAGGAAGCUAGUAGUGAAGAUUUGCAGACCAAGCUUCCUAGUGCAUAUAGGCAAGUUGAAGCUUCGUCGAAGGGACAGUGUUCCAAACUGGAUGUGGCAGAUGUACAGGAGGGCGCAAGAUCGGUUCCACAACAGGAAGAGACUGAAACAACUUUAGGCGCAGAGUUAGAGGAUAAUAAUGACUUGAAGCUAAAUGGAGGGAUACUUGAAGAAAAGGAUAAAUCGCUGCUUGAAAAAGAGGUGAAAAGAUUACAAGACGUUCUUUCGCAAAAAGAAGAACAAAUAAAGCAGAAAGAUAGUGAAAUAGGCUAUCUUCGUCAGGUUCUUGGAGAAAUUGCUACUGCUGCUCAUGUUGCCGUUCAGUUCGAGUCAAGCUACUCAUUCCCAGCAACAUAUUAUUCAGCUGAAGAUGUUAAACUAUCCAAGUCAUUUGACAAAGUUUCGUAUCCCUCGAAACGCGGCUUUCACUCACAGCCACGUCCUGAGAGUGGUGCUUUUUAUUUAUCUGCUCAUACGGAGGCUGAUAUUGAUGCUCACGACACUCGUGUGAGCUAUUCCAAUGAAGUCAUAAAGCAACUAGAGUCAUCCUCUAACCAUUCUGGAAAAGAUCGAAAACUCAAGUUAUCUUUACCAGUGGACUCUCUUGGACUAUCAGGUCCUGAUACAACAAGCGGUCGUCAUAAGGCUUCUUCUCUUACUGGUGACACGUUGUCUCUUCAGUCUAUACCUUCAGAAAGUGAUUCUUUGCAGUAUAAUUCACAAGAACAACAAGAACCAUCCACCGAUAUGGUACCUCCAAGUCCACGAAUAUCUCAGCUAAGAAUUCAAGAAGAACAUGAUGAACAUGUUUCUUAAUAAGUCGGUUUUGAGAAUAUAGUUUUCUUCUUCAGUUUUUGUCUUUUUUAGGGGGUCUUGAAACUCGUAUAUCAUAUGCAUAUAUAUAUAUAUCUGGAUUGAUAUGUAUUUACAAUAUUAUGACAGAUUACUUGUACAUAUUUUUAUCAUCACAUCUGCAGGAUGUACACUAUAACUUGUCAAUAAAAAGAUUUCUUCAACA